UUCAUAAUUGCCAAUUUUCUAUUGUUACCCGCAUUUUCGCAAAUCGUCGGAACUACUCUUUACCCAUUCAAAUUUCAGAUACAGAAAACACAGAUAAGAUGCUAUUCACUAAAUUUCGUUGUUUACACGUAUUUAAGUUGUUUCCUCUCAUGUGAGAGCCGCCAGUAUUAAUCGAAGUGUAAGAUUUUGUUGAAACAUGUGCUCCCCUAUGAAUUAUGUUUAUGCUUUGAAUAUAUUGAUGGAAUGUUACAGUAGCAUCGAUAAUAUACCAAAAGCCAGCGACAGAUUGGAUCAAUCAGGAAUCCCGGACUUCAAACUGAUUUUUCCGGGUACAAAAUGGUGUGGAGAUGGAGAUAUUGCACAGCAUGAUGAUGAUCUGGGAAUUUAUCGGGAAGCUGACAAAUGCUGUAGAGCCCACGAUAAGUGCUUUGAUUUUAUUCCCAGUGGUGAGUCGAAACAUAAUUUAACGAAUGCAGAUCAAGUGUCCAGGAUGCAUUGUGACUGCGAUUUGGAAUUUUACUAUUGUUUGAAAAACGUUUCAAGUAUGGAGUCCAUCAUGAUCGGGAAAAUUUAUUUCAAUGAUGUAGGAAAGUGUUAUAAGAGAGAUUAUCCAAUCAUUCGAUGUUUGAGUUACAAGAAUUUCUUAUUCUUUCAGAAAUGUUUGGUCUAUGAGCUGGAUGAGAGCAAGGAGAAAGUGUAUCAAUAUUUCGAUCUACCAUAUUUCAUAUGAAAAAAUAUAUACCAAGAGAUAAAGAAGAAAUGUAAUAUUCCAAUAAAUUUUUUUUAGUUUU